AUGGCAAACGAACGCUUCAUUAAGGAUGGUGAAAGCAUACUAGUCGUGGAUGCGGGUGGCGGAACGGUGGAUCUAUGUCUCUUGAAGGUUGUGAAUGCCGAGAAGAACAGAGUGAAUCUGGGGGAACUUCAACCGACGCGAGGUGACAACUAUGGGGCCACCUUCAUUGACCGAGCGUUCGAGGAUCUUGUCAAGACGCGCUUGUUGGGUCUUGACCACAUGUUCAUAACUAGCAUCAGCGAUGUUGCGUGGCUGAUGAAGAGUGACCCAGACUACCUGCAAAACAAGCAUGAGCUCGGGGCGAACACAUAUAACAAGAAUUCCAAAUUCCGGAUUGGACUCCCGGAGAGGAUACAACGCUUUACAAACGAAUCAAGGCUUAUAGCUGACGGACAGAUGCUUUUCACCUGGCGAGAACUAGAACAGCUCUUCGAUCCGCAGGUGAAAGGUAUCCUCAGUCUCUUGGAUGAAAUGGUUAUGAAACACGAGAAAAGAACAGACUCAAAACGCAUUGAUCAUGUGGUUCUUUCUGGCGGUCUCGGACGGUCCAAGUACGUCUUCAAACAGCUUGAGGAGUACGUCUCUUCUUCGAGGUCGGCAGCAUUGAAGGGGACCAAAGUACACCAGUCCAGCGAUCCGCAGCUGUGCGUCUGCUUGGGAAUCGUGGAGAGUGCCAUGCAAACAAUUGAAAACGACACCAACAUGUUCCAACGUCGCAUCUCGAAGGUCUCUCUCGAGGCGAGUAAGAACGACCUAGUGACCGAGAAGGACCCAGAGGGUCACCGCUGGAUCAGGGGCUACAUGGACUGGUUCAUCUUGCGGGGAGAUGGGAUCCAGGAUAACAAAGCUGCCAAGCAUCCUUACAGCAUUGACUUUGGACCUGACGUAUCGACGCUCAACCGGAUCGGGAGAGUACUGAUAAAGAGCUGUACUUCCGAGCCUAUUCCAAGCUUUGAUAAAGAUGAACGCGUCCGGAACAACACGGUUCUCACGGUUGACUUGUCACACGCAAGUAUUGGGAGCAUUGAAGAAAGGAAGCCCAAGGGAUUGUUCGGUAAAAAUCUUGGUGUCAGAAUACGCUUCUACGUCGAGGCACGUAUUGGAAUGGCAGACGUGUCGUUCAGAGCUCCACCCUUUGAGCGGGAGCGCCUCAGUUGA